AGACCUACCCGGAAGUAGUAUCGUUUUUCCGGACGCGGAGCAAAACAGACUCCUGUGUUCGUAGCUGUUAGCUCUGUUAGCCCCGUUAGCUUCUUCUUGUCUGUUUUUAGCGUUUUUUAGUUUAAUAUGGGGGAGGCAGAUGUGACGCUGAAUCAGACGGACGAGAAGCCUCCGGACUCGGGGCUGGUUCCCGGGGAGGACUCGGUGGUCUGGAGUCACGAGGUGGAAGUGUGUCUGUUCCACGCGAUGAUCGGACACAAACCCGUCGGAGUGAACCGUCACUUCCACAUGAUCUGCAUCAGAGAUAAGUUCAGUCAGAACAUCGGUCGCCAGGUUUCCUCCUCCGUCAUCUGGGAUCAUCUGGGAACCAUGUACGACAUGCAGGCUCUGAUGCAGCAUGAGUCGGAGAUUUUGCCGUUUCCAAACACAGAAAAGAGCUUCUCUCUUCCCGAUGACAUCAUCCAGGAAGUAAAAGAAGGGAAGCUGGGCUCUGAGGAGGAGACCAAGGAGGAGUUCAGGAUGGAGAGAGAACCUCCAGCUACACAUGAAGAAAAA